CACAGAAUUGCCUUCCAUGCUGAUCAGCUACUUUGAGUACAAUUGAAAAUGUUUUUAUGGUUGCUUAGCUUCCAUUUCUGUCAUUUCCCACUCUAGUCCUAAACAUCUUGGAUAAUGGUAAUAUGUGGUUCUCUGGGGAAUGAGUUGUAGACAUAUCCAACCUCACAGCCUGCCUGUGCGAUGUGCUUUCUGGUGUUUGAAGGGCUGAUUAACUCCAGCAUAACACUAAACUUGAGCUAUAUAUUAACAGAAAGUGUGCAUGGUGAUAUGUAGGAUUAGAUAAGCACUCCUGGAGAAGAUGAAGAACUCAUCUUGUUCUACUCCUACGAGGGCCAUACCUUCCACUCCCACGGCCUCCUUACCCCAGACGAGAUUAAGCUUGCUGAACUUGUCCUGGUUCUGCAAUGUGGAGGUGUCUGCAGCCCCUUGUGCUCCAGCCCCUAGAAAUACUACUCAGGGAAAUCCAAACACCUUAGGAUUUUCAUAAAACCUCUUGGAGUUUUAUAACACCUCACAACUUACUAGUUCAGAUUUUAUGAUAGGCAAAAACUUGUGAUAAGCCUGCUUUGUUUUUAGAACUAAGGUACAAUAAUUACUUGAAAUGAGUUGCCUAAAGGUUAAUAUUUGCCGUAGGCAGAAUAUAACUCAUUCAGAAAUGUGGCACUGUUGCCCCUCUCAGAGGGGGAGAGUACCACAAUGACCAUGACACUGCUACAUUUGUGAACGAUUCUACAGUUUAGUAGGAUCUUUCCUUCUGCUGGCUUCCACCUCAGAGUGCAAGCACUUUCAGGGAAAGCCAUGUUCCUCUUCCAUGUUGUUUUCCUCUGUUAAAUGGCAAACUUGGUUUCACCCCAUUACUUCCUACAUGAUUGUAAAUCCGAGAGCACUUGCAAGCACCAGGAUUGACUGCUGCAUUCCUUCCUUUGCAGUGCCCCAAUUGCAGAGUGAGGCACCAAGCCACCUGUUGCAUAGUGUGCUGGGAUCACUGCAGUUAAUUUGCAGCUGCUAAGAAGGGAGGCUGGAGAUAUUUCAGUUCAGAUAUGUCCGAGGUGAAAGAUGGAGAGAAACAAUUGAAUCAAAGAAGUGGUUUGCUUAGUUGGGAUGGAAGAUUCCUGCUUGUGCAACAAAGUUGGCAGGCCCUGUCUUACCCAAUUGGUUAAUAGCAGCUUUGUCCACUGUAACUUAUGGAACUGAUGGUAGAUCCCUCUGGGUAGGUGCCUUUUUUGAAAGUAUUUUGCUUUGUUUUGUUUUAGUCUUUGGGAGUCCACCACCAAUCAACAGACUGUUAAUCUAUAAAUAAGAGCCAGUGUAUUAAUCUCUGAAAAUCAUCAGCAUUCUACAUGGGUUCUGAAGUUCAUCAAUAUCAGUAGGAAAACACAAAUCUGUGGAUUAAGUCUUGAUAUUGAAUGUUUUAGGAUAAAUUGUUUUCCUCUCACAUUUUCCUCUAGCUUUCACUACUUGUUUUGGCUCCAGGCUCUAAUAUUCCUGAUUUUUACCAGCCAUGUUCUGCUGUCUUCAUAUGGCCAGGAGCCACAGAGGAUACAUUAUGAAAAGUAAUGGGAAAGGAGAUGAACAGCUCAGUAUGGUCACUUUUAGAAAGUCGAUGUCUGUACGACUGUAGCUUCACAGCAUAACAGGUGAGAUUCCCUGAUUUCCAUGCACCUUGCAAGCUCACUUAUUUGCAGUUCCUGAGAAGAAACCACUGAUGAUUUAACAUGGAAGUUGUAUUUGUAUUUCACGUGAUCUAGAGGAGUCUUGAGCCAGAGACUGAUCACCCUGCCGUUAAUUUCUCAAGCAGAGAUAGUCAGUGUCUAGGUGAUGCUAUCCACUUACUCCUCCAUAUUUAGACAGACUCAUUGGGCUCAAAGUGGUAUUGUCUAUAUCACAGUAUGAUUCUGUUUAUUGAGGAUGAGUAGUUUGAGUUUGGUUCUCCAAACCCUAAGUUAAGUUUUCAUCUUGGCAGAUUAUUUUAGAGGACUCUUAGGAGACUAAGCACUGUUUCAUUGGAGAAUAGCAUGCAACUCAAAAGCAAGGAAGUACAGCGUGAUCAGCAAAAUGCAGGACAGAUCAUCUCCCUGCUGGAAUGGCUUUAUCAGACUGCAUGGCAUCCUUCCUGCUUUGAUCUAUCCUCAUGGGAUGUAAGAGCAGUGUUACAGUAAAGUGGUCCAAAAGUAUUAGGAUGUGUUUAAGUUACAGACAGGUAUGAAAAUAAAGCGAAGUGGUCUGCUCUAGCAAAGAAUUAUGUGAUUUUUUUUGUUUCCUCUUUCUUGAGUCCUGCCUGGCUUAAUUCUUUUAUGUUGUGAACUACAAUGGCUGCUGUCACCGGGUCUCUUAAGGUUCUACAAGUCCAGAAAUCCAAUGGCCGCGCCAUUAUUAUUGCUUUCCACGGGGAUCAAUCUUCUUCAUCGUGUGUUCAUCCCACCACCCACCUCUGGAGAAGCAUAUAAAAAUCACUGCAGAGAGGAGGGUUUUUUAUGUUCUGAAUCAGACUUUUAAAGAAACCCUGAAAUGUAAGGGAACUAGAUAAUUUUAACAGUGUUGGCUUUGCAUGUUAGCCAGUUCUGUGUUAGCUUUUCUUUCCUUCAGUCUUCUGUGGGUUUUUUUUCCGUAGUUUCUACUUCCAAAGUUUGAGUACACAGAGGCUCUGGUGAAACACUUCCUAGCACAUCACCUCUCUGAAAAACAAUGCUAAAUUAAAUAAUGCGAUUACUAUAGAGUUUAUAAGCUUCCAAAAGAAUAUCAGCCUGAUUGUAUCAAGAUUUCUACCUUUUAAGAAAUACAUAUUUUCAGUAGUUUUCUGAUAAAAUUUUCAAUAAAGGCAUGGAUGGAAUCUUUUAAGAAGAUGACUGCUAUGAUGUGAAGGCUCUGCACAGCCUCUGAUUCCUUAUUCUUGUGUGUCCUGGUUUCUUUAAGAGUAUUGUAUCAGGAAGGCUCCUUUGGGUUUGUGUUUCCUUAGGCAGCCGUGACCCAGACCAGGAUGAUCCAACCAGCAUUCCAUCAGUUAUUGCCUUUGCUUCGGCCAUCAUAUUCAUGUAGAAGCAUGGAUGUAGCUGGAGAUAUGCCUGCUUCUGUAUAUGGGUCUGUUGUUAAAACUGAAUUGCUAUUUCUUCUGUUUGUCCAGUAAAAGACACAAAACUGUGUCUGGGACUUCUGUAUCUGAAAAACUUUAUAUGAUGCAUCUUCACAACCCCCGAAGUUAGGUGUCUCUUCUUCUGAAGAACAGAGUAGGUCUGUAGAUCAUUCCAAGACCAGGUCCAUUAAAAAUGCACCAGAUCAAUAGAGGUAUGAAACUUGCUUCCUAGAGUAACCAGUCUAACUUUACUCUUUCAAAGAUAUACAGGCAAGCUAUCUUAUGUAAAGCAGGUGUAGAAAUUUAUUGCCUCAGUUCAUUGUUGUCAUUCAUCGUUAAAGUUCAGAAAGGUCUGGAUGUGUAACUUCAACAGUGGUUGAACAACUUCUGUUGAAAAUUCUUGGAGGACUGUCAGAGGUAUCUGAUGGCAGUGAGCAACAGUCAGUCACAGACAAAGUUUUUCAGGGUGGUUAUCUUCUUGAGAAGUGAAGUCAUCAGUGGCAUAUUGGCAAUGAAUUGGUGACAGAGCUGAUCCUUGAGCACAGAAACAGUCCCUAUCACCAGCUGAGGUCCUGAGAAGGGAGGCAGAAUUUUGUGCCUGGCAAAGUAUAGAAUCCUCAGAGUUGGCAGGGACCUUUAAAGGUCAUCCAGUCCAACUCCCUGGCAAUGAACCAGGACGUACACAGCUAGAUUAGGUUGCCCAGGGCCCGAUCCAGCCUCGCCUUGGAAGUCUCUGGGGAUGGGACAUCCACCACAUCUGGGCAACCUGUUCCAGUGCCUCACCACCCUCACUGUAAAAGACUUUUUCCUUAUAUCCAACCUAAACCUUGAAACCAUUUCCCCUUGCACUAUCACAACCAACGCUGCUAAAAAGUCUGUCCCCUUCUUUCCUGUAGCUCCCCUUUAUGCAUUGAAAGGCCACUCAGGUCUCUCUAGAGCCUUCUCUUCUGCAGGCUGAACAGCCCCAGCUCUCUCAGCCUGUCCAUGUAGGAGAGGUGUUCCAUCCCUUGGAUCAUUUUUGUGGCCCUCCUCUGGAUGCGCUCUAGUAUCAGGCACGUUGUUGCUAGCAGAGUGUAUGUACUAGAAUUUUUGAAAUCGUUUUUAAAAUAUAAGCUACUUCUGUUGUUCCCAAAGAUACAAUGCUAGCUGAGUGUACUACUUCCCAAGCUACCCCAUCAUCACAGUGCUUUUGCAAAAGAAAAUGGCAAGUGAGAAAGGAGAGACAAGUGUAACAUCCCUGUGACUGCAGCUGAUUGUCUGUCUCUCCUUGAGGUAUUUAUAAGCUGCAUACUGGCAGGCUGGGGUGGGCAGUUGGCUCACCCUGACCUUGGAGGCUGGAAGCCUGACCAGCAUUCCUGGGAGCCACGUGAGCCAGACUGGCAGGAACAGCUGCAACGAAUGGAGAUGCCUAGCAGAGGCUGCUCAGAUUGAGUUUCACUCUAGUCAGUUGAGAUUUUUCUCUUUCUCCCCCUGUUGCGCCUUUCAUCUUUGUUUAUAGGAUUGGACAGGCGAACGCACUGGUGUAGUCUUAGCGAGCAAGACAUUCGUUUAGUGGAUUUGGGAUUCUUCAGUGCCAAACAACCACUUCUUGCCAUUGCCUUCCACAGCUCCAGCUGCCUGGCAUGGCUGGGCUUUUAUAGCUCCAAGCUUUUUGAGCACACAACUCGCCCUCCUGUAUUAGGGCAUUUUAUGUUGUGUUCUCUCAGGCUCUUCAUUUUUUGCUGUAUUGAAGGUUUAGUAUAUGAGGCUUUUGAAUGCAUGGGAGAUGGGUCAGGACCAGACAAAGCAACAGAUAGAAAAAGGACUCCAUCUUUACCAAUCUAAUCAGACUGAAAAGGCUCUGCAAGUCUGGAUGAGGGUUUUGGAGAAGUCUGCGGAUCCUGCUGGCAGGUUUCGGGUUUUGGGUUGCCUCAUCACUGCUCAUGCAGAGAUGGGCAGAUACAAAGAUAUGCUGAAGGCACACCACGUGAUGAAGCUUCAGAGAAAGUUCGCAGUGGUUCAGAUUGACACAGCACGGGAGCUGGAAGACCCAGAUUACCUUACAGAGGGCUAUCUAAACCUGGCUCGCAGCAAUGAGAAACUCUGUGAAUUCCAGAAAACAAUAUCUUACUGUAAGACAUGCUUGAACAUGCAGGGUACCACUGUGAGCCUGCAGCUGAACGGCCAGGUGAGCCUCAGCAUGGGCAAUGCCUUCCUGGGCCUCAGCAUUUUCCAGAAGGCUUUGGAGUGCUUUGAGAAAGCUUUACGCUAUGCACACAACAAUGACGACAAGAUGCUGGAGUGUCGAGUCUGCUGUAGCCUUGGGAACUUCUAUGCCCAGAUAAAGGACUAUGAGAAAGCUUUGUUCUUCCCAUGUAAAGCAGCAGAGCUGGUGAAUGACUAUGGAGCAGGCUGGAGCUUGAAGUACCGUGCAAUGAGCCAGUAUCACAUGGCGGUGGCCUACCGGAAGCUGGGGCGCUUGUCAGAUGCUAUGGACUGCUGUGAGGAGUCCAUGAAGAUUGCCCUUCAGCACGGUGACCGGCCUCUGCAGGCACUGUGUCUGCUGUGCUUUGCUGAUAUCCAUCUCAGUCGCAGAGAUGUGCAGACAGCCUUUCCCCGGUAUGAUUCUGCCAUGAGCAUCAUGACAGAGAUUGGAAACCGCCUGGGUCAGAUCCAGGUGCUGCUAGGAGUGGCUAAGUGCUGGAUGAUCCAGAAGGAGCUGGACAAGGCUCUGGAAAGCAUUGAAAAGGCACAGGAAGUGGCAGAGGUGCUAGGGAACAAGCUUGGUCUGCUGAAGCUCCACUGCCUGUGUGAAAGGAUCUAUCGCACAAAGGGUCAGCAGCGAGAAUUGCGUGACCAUGUAGUGAAGUUCCAUGAAUGCGUGGAGGAGAUGGAGCUGUACUGUGGCAUGUGUGGAGAGUCUAUUGGGGAGAAGAACAACCAGCUGCAGGCGCUGCCUUGCUCCCACUUCUUCCACUUGAAGUGCCUGCAGACCAACGGGACGCGGGGCUGCCCCAACUGCCGCCGGCUGUCGGUGAAACCCGGAUACGUGUGACCAGGACUGCGGACACCAGCGAGCACGGGAACCGCGGGACCUCCUCGUGGGGGGGGGCUGGGGGCGGCGGGGCGUGUCCUCGGGCUGCCCUCCGUGUCGCUGCUUCGGGGCCCCUCUUCGCGCUCUUCUGUACGGGCACU